GAACGGAGCCCUCGCAAGACCUGCCAAACUUGCUUGUUCGACGAAGCGGCCGCGCAGAAGCUAGUUUUUGCGCGGGAUGCCUACGCUCUCCAAAAUACUGAUUAGACCCUUUAUAAAAUUGUCUUUUUAUUAAAUAUCUGUAUUCCAUUUCAUAUUAGUAUAGCCCUAGCAGGCUUCUACAUUUUGCUGUGAAUACUUACGAAGCAAGCUGAGCAGCCAGAGGGAAACUCAUGGCACACUGAAUCAUCGUAGACUCUGGCAGAGCAAGUCAGGUUCUUGUAUAUAACCGGAACGACAUCCUAGUCAAGUACAUCGCCCAGCUACACGCAGCCAUGCAAUGUAAUUGGACGAUCGCAGUCGCCGUGACCCUCUGCCUCGUCCCCAGCCUGGCGUCCCCCUGGCCUUCCCCAGGGCCCGCUGCUGCGCCUUCCCCAGGGCCCGCCGCCUUGGCUCUCCCUCGCCCCAUCCCCGCCGCGGACCCCAGCCCUGCGCCCGAGCCCUUACUAGGAUUAUUCGGUGGGCGUGGGCGGGGUCGUGGGCGGGGUCGUGGGCGUGGUCGCGGGCGAGGUCGUGGCCGAGGACGCGGAGGCCUUGGCUUUGGCCUCGGGAGACUUUUCGGUUGAGGCUGACAGGGUUUCGGACGCGCCUUCGUGCGCGGACGCGUAGCUAGAGGUUAACAAGACGGCAUUGUAUUUCAUUUUAAUAAAUCCAAAGCGACAUUUCC